GUGAACACAAUGGUAAUGUGGGUGUUGAUGGUGGAGGUGACGAUGGUGGUUGUGGUGGUGGUGAUCGUUUCAGUGACACUUCUGACGGUGAUGUUAGUAAUGAUACUUUUAAGUCUUUAUUUUGGUUCAGGUAAAACCACUUGGGCAAUAACUGCUUCUUUUCGAUGGGGACCUGGUUACAGCGUAGAAACCUGGUUACAGCAAAAACAAACAUGAACAAAAAACACCCUAAAACAAUUGUACCGGGUGGUCCAGAUGUUUAAAUACACCUUACUUAAAAAAAAACUUUAGAGAAUCAAAUGGGGGUCACAAGACAUCUGGGCUACCCUGUUUAAUAAUGUUCAAGAUUAUGAUAACGAUAGUGAUGCAGAUUGAAAUGAAGUCAUUCAAAACUUGUUGUUUAUGAUGAUGCUGUUUAUUGAGAUGAUGAAAUACAAACGCAACACAUUCGUACAUUUUUUCUUGUGCACCACUGCCAAUACUUUGUUUAAUGAUGAUAAUCAUACAUUGCAGUCGAUUGCCCCUCACAAGAAUGGACAAGGGACUGAUGCGCCAGGCGGAACAAAUUUGGGGAGCACUGGAUGAGCUAGCCAUCUCUGACCCCACCACCUACAAAACUUUCAUCCAGCACCAGCUGAAAGGAGCUAGCAUCCCUUCCUCCGCAGCCAUACCAGAUCCCCGGCAACCAGCCGUCGAGAAGCUCCGGACAAUCGCAGCCCCGCGUGGGACAACUCCAGCUACGAUUCUCACGCGACCGCGUGGUGAAGAUGAGGAGGGCAUCAGCGACGGCGAGGACGGCUCCCGGUUGGCACUGAAGCUCACCGCUUCGCCCGCAUGUAAGAGGAGGAACCAUGGGAAACUGCUGAUUGAGGAACUGCCCACAUCUCCGCCGGAGAGGCCAGAACCCACGCCGAUUGAUUGCACGGAAGCCGGUCUUGCGAAGGAAAGGCUGCAGGAACCCAAGCACACUGUGCGUCUGGAGGAAAGCGAAGACUGUGCUCCUCGAUACAUAGUGACCGUCUCCCUCCCGGAUGUCACCACCAUCAACGACUGCAACCUUGGCAUCAGCUUUGACGACCUGCUACUGGAGGUGCCAGGAAAAUGCCGCUUGCACGUAGCCUUCUCUCGACCAAUUGUUGACGUUGCUGGGUCCGCCAAGUUCUCGGCCAGAACACGGACGCUCACCGUGUCUUUGCCCGUUGCCACGACAACAACCACCUGAGACAUGACCGCCGCUUCAGAACCAAUCUGCUCAUAUCAGGAAGACAGCGACAGCAUUGCUAAAUGCGUAAAAUUACAAUUUUGCGUGGAUUAUGUAACACUUUCUAACAUGCAAUCAAUUCUCAGAAGUAUGCAAUUAGCAGUGCAGUUUAUGCGAGUGGUGCGUUGAAAAGCAAGGGCACACAAAGCAAAACCGGCAAGCAUAGUCCA